AUGUCAAAUCUGUCUGCAAGGGAAUUGGGCAACGUCCUGCUUAGCAACAACAGCGAGAAGAGGACGGACAAAACACCAGCGAAAGACUUCAGCUCUGAGGGCGUGACAGAUGAUAAGGUCACCUACAUCCACUUUGACCCAGGAGAGUCUCCGCGAGACUGGCCAGAAUGGAAGAAAUGGCUUCUGCUCGUCCCAAUCUACCUCGUGGACUUGUCCGUGUCAUGGGGCGCUUCAGGAUACUCCCCAGCUCAAAUGAAAUUCGCAAAGGACCUUGGCGUAUCCUCCGAGGUGGGCACGCUUGGGCUGAGUACGUAUGUUGGUGGAUUGGCCUUGGGGCCAAUGAUACAAGCUCCUGUCUCUGAGUACUUUGGUCGGUCAGUCGUCUACAUUGGCGGGUACGGCAUCUACCUGCUCUGGAUUCUGGGCACAGCCCUGUCUCCCAAUCUCGGUGCCUUUCUUGCGUUUCGCUUCCUUGGCGGUGCCUUCUCUUCAGUCACCAUUGCCACCCUAGGCGGUACAGUGGCAGAUCUCUUUCCGCCUCGUCAGACAGGCUACGCCAUGUCCAUCUACAUUUGGGCUGCAACGUGCGGUUCUCCCAGCGGCUACUUCCUCUUUUCAUUUGUCGCCGCGACGAGGGGCUGGAGGGACGUGUUCUGGGCAAUGCUGGGUAUCAGCGGUGGGCUAUGGCUCAUCAUGACUCUCGUCAUGCUUUGGUGUGGCGAGAGUAGACAUGAUGUGCUGCUCGCCAGGAAAGUCAGCAACCAGAAGAAACGUAUAGAUUGCGAACCGGGAAUGCCAUCACACUCCGGCCGCAUCGAUGUCCCACCUGGAUACGAGCGGUCAGGCGUUCGGCAACUGCUGCAGGUCACAAUGACUCGACCCUUCCGGUUCCUGGCUACCGAACCCAUCGUCAUCUUUGCCUCUUUCUUUAAUGGCUACUUGUACGGACUUGUGUAUAUGUUCAACACUGCCAUCUCUCAGGUCUUUGAGGGCAGUCACGGAUUCGGUACAAUUUCAAUCGGUCUGGUCUUCCUAGGCUUGGUGGUCGGCAUCUCUUGUGGGCCUCUCAUCAACCUCUUCGGCGAAAGUUUCUAUCAGAAGAGAUAUAAUCAGAAGGGCCAGCCGGUCCCGGAAGCUAGAGUCAUGCUGGCAAUCUUUGCGUCCAUAGCUCAGCCUAUGGCGCUUUUCUGGUUCGCGUGGACCAGCUUCCCUUCCGUACACUUUAUCGUUCCCGUCAUUGCUUCUGCCUUGUGGGGCUGGGCGUUCUACGCGCUCAUCAUGGCCUCGUAUCAAUACGUCGUAGACUCCUACGGCACCUUCUCGGCAUCCGCUCUCGCCGGUGUCGGUCUGAUCCGCAAUUUGGCUGGCGCAGGUUUUCCGCUGUUUGCCAGACAGAUGUACAGCAAACUCGGCUACGAAUGGGCCAGCUCUCUUCUGGCAUUUCUUAGUCUGGCUCUUAUCCCGAUCACCUUUGUGCUUUGGUACAAGGGUCCUUGGCUCAGACAUCACAGCAAGUUUGCAGAGUCCAUCGACGCUAUGCAUUGGCCUGGUGGCGCAGAGGGGCGUACAGCAAACGGCGGGCAAGAUGGAGAUGAGUCCAAGGGCCUCCAGCAAGCUGUAUGA